UUGAGGUUAGACUGUGAUAGGAAAAAAGAAUUCGGAGGUGAUUUGCAAAUAUUCUAAUGUCAUUGUUCAAACUCAGCUGUUAUAGGGGUUACUGACAUUACUUUGACGUCUGUAAAUUGGUUUAGUGAUUAUUUGAUAGGUGUUUAUCUAAAUUAAUAAUAUAUUUGGGUGAAUCUUCAUUGCACUUACAAUAAACUAUGAGUGAAUUGAGCCAGGAAGAGAUCAGACGAAGACGUUUAGCUCGUCUUACAACCCGAGAAAAUGUUUCUCCUUCAAGUUCGGUAUCACCUCCUAUUACACCCAUGUCACAGUCACCAGUUAUGCCUCUCAGAACCCAGAGUCCACUGGUUUUUGAAUCUAACAGUUCUGCAACUGAGGACCCUAAGCUUGAAACCAAGAAUAUGAAAGAUGAUUAUGAAAACCCAACUAGAGAAACUUUCAAAAAACCUAGUAAACCUAUUGAUAUAAGUAUGCCUUCGAGCUCUAAGACAAGAUUUAGGGCUCCUCUGCAGCGUAGUGACUCCGAAACAAGUUCUACCCAUAUGGAGGUUGAUGAAGUGAGUGGUUAUGCAGAUAAAGUUGGUGCAAAUACAGACAUUGAUUCAGGCUUUGAAAAUAUGGAGGUGGAUGAAUCUGAUAUGCAGAAAAAGGACAUUCAGCAACAGCGAACUAAUUCCUCCUCAAAAGAACUAACUGAAGAACAGCUUAAAUUGUCGCUAACACGCGUUCUGCAUUCCACAUUUCAAAAACCAUCUGAAACGAGUUUGUACUUACCUGAAACUGCUGCUCAGCUCAAAGAAAACCCUGAAAUGUCAAUGCGUGACUUGAUUUGUACAGCUAUCAUGGAAAUAUUGCAUAUAAUUGUAAAUGGGGGUAAUCCUUUCAAAGACCUAAUGCAAAUAAGUACUGACGCAUGUGAGACAGCUAGUUUGAGUUCUAUUUCUGGCAGUCCACAGAAUCUGAGUCUUUCUCCUAGUCCGGCUACUGGAUCAUGCCCAAUUCCUCUGCUGACAAUGAGAAGUACUGAAGAAACUGAUAGGGAUCAGAUUAUGCCAGCACUGAAGUUUUUGAUGGAUUCUUAUAAUAGGGUUAGUGUUGAAGAAAGGAACCAUCCAAAAAGAUCCAGUAUACCUCCUUUAAGUGACUUGUUGACUGAAUUGAGGGCCCAGCUCAUACAUUAUACAGCUCUCAUAAUACAAGGUUAUAUAGUACCAAAUGUAUUCAGAAUGGAAUCUCCACUUCUGAAUCCCAUUCUCCAACAGUCGGUACCCAGAGGUUUUCUGACUGAAUUAGUAACUAGGACACACUCUGAAGAGCAACUUUUUUGUAACAUAUUCAGCCCAGUUUUACAAGAUCUCUUCAAAAUGAUGCAACAUUCCACCAUAGUUGGUGACGAACAUCGUAUUCCGCUUCAGACACUUUUUGAAUUGACAGAUAUACGAUGUGGUUCAAGACCUAUAUGUACUCUCAUUACAAGACAAACACAAUUCAAUAUUUAUCCAUAUACUCCAGCACCAGGUCGAGAGAUUAUGAGAUGUUCAUUCCUUGGACCAUUUUUAAGUGUUUCAGUGUUUGCUGAAGAUGAACCUAAAGUUGCUGAAAAAUUUUUCUCAGGUAACUCCUCGAGCGAUAAAAGCUUGAUUCAAGUAUUGCAAUCAGAACUUGAAAAUACCAGGAGUUUACAACACCGUAUUUUCCACUUUUUGAUGGCCAAUCAGCAAAGCAGAGAUAGUUGUUUAAAUUAUGUGGCAAAAGUUUUGAAUUUUAACGAAAAAAGGUCUCAAAUGAGAAUGGAAGAGAGAACAUUGGCUGGAGAUGGAUUCAUGUUGAACUUAGUGAGUGUUAUGCAACUUCUCUCAAUCAAGAUUAAACUCAACAAGAUGGACUUCAACUAUCCCUUCCAUCCUAAGGCUCUCAUCAAUAUCAACAACGACACCAGAUUGAAGUUUUCAUCUCAAGAGGUGGAUGAUUGGCUCCAACAAUUAGGUAAUGAUUUUUUUAGAUCCAAAGCUUGUGCAGAUGCUGGUCUUCUGGAUAAAAACUUGAUGAGAAGAUCUUUAGUAUUUUAUACUUCUGUAUCCGAAUUCCUUUUGAGUCUUAUGACUAAUACUCCUCCUGGAAGUACAGUACCUGAUUUACCACUGCCACCAUCUUCUCCAGCAUUUGCCGCUAUGCCAGAGUGGUAUGUUGAGGACAUAGCAGAAUUUUUAUUAUUUGCGUUGCAAUAUUUCCCAACUGUAAUUGCUGAUAACAUGGAAGACACUCUGAUAACCUGGCUCUUGGUCACAAUAUGUUCCUCUCACAUGAUCAAAAAUCCAUAUUUAGUUGCCAAAUUAGUUGAAGUAGUAUUUGUAAUUCUUCCUUCGAUCCAGCCGAGGUGCGAGGUUCUAUACAUGCGUUUGAUGAAUCACCACAUCUCGCAAACCUUUCUACCCAGCUCGCUGAUGAAAUUUUACACUGAUGUAGAAACUACAGGUUCCAGCUCGGAAUUUUAUGAUAAGUUUUCUAUUCGUUAUCAUAUUAGUUUAAUCCUCAAAAAAAUGUGGUCAUCUCCCGUCCAUCGCCAGGCUCUCAUCAACGAAUCUCGAAGCGGCCUACAGUUUGUGAAAUUUGUUAACAUGUUGAUGAAUGACACCACCUUCCUACUUGAUGAAUCUCUGGAAUCACUCAAACGCAUUCAUGAAGUGCAAGAACUGAUUAGUGAUGACGAGAAAUGGUCAAAGUUACCUUCAGAGCAACAACAAAGUCGAAUGAGGCAACUCAAUUCUGAUGAAAGACAAUGCCGUUCUUAUCUGACUUUAGCUCGGGAGACGGUAGAUAUGUUUCAUUAUCUGACAGUGGAUAUCAAGGAACCAUUCUUGAAACAAGAGCUGGUUGAAAGGUUGGCUUCAAUGCUGAAUUUCAACUUGCAGCAACUGUGCGGUAAAAAGUGCAAUGACUUGAAGGUUAGAAAUCCCGAUAAAUAUGGUUGGGAACCUAGGAGGUUACUCAGUCAACUUGUAGAUAUUUACUUACAUUUGGAUUGUGAUAAGUUUGCUGAAGCUCUUGCAGGAGAUGAGAGAUCUUUCAGAAAACAGCUCUUUGAGGAUGCAUCUGCUCGAUUAGAGCGAAUUUCAAUAAAAACACCAGUUCAGCUGGAACAGUUCAAAGCUUUAUUUUUGAAAGCUUUCCAAAUUGUGGAAAACAACCAGAAAUCUGAGGAUUGGUUGGCGGAUGCGCCUGACGAAUUUAAAGAUCCCCUAAUGGACACUUUAAUGACUGACCCUGUACUUCUGCCAAGUGGUCAAAUAAUGGAAAGAUCUGUGAUCAUGAGACAUUUAUUGAAUAGCAAUACAGAUCCGUUCAAUAGACAGGUUCUCACUGAGGAUAUGUUGAUUCCAGCGGAUGACCUGAAAGAAAGAAUACGAAUAUGGAAAACAGAAAAGACGCCGAAAUCAAACUAGAUUUAGUUUUUAUUAGAGUACUUUAUUUUCAAAGUUUAUUCAAAUCUUAUAUUAUGCAAUUGUGAUAAUUGUGGAAUAUGAUUCAUUUUUGUACUUUUUCUAUAUUGUAAUCAUGAGAUGAAAAAAAAAACGUUCACGGAUUUGUUCAAAUUUAGAAUAAAUUAAGGCUGAUGUAAAAUAUUCCCAGAUCUCAACAAAUCAAUGAUAAUCGCGUUUAUUAAUAAUUGCAUUUUUCUUUUUUAUUCAGAAACUGUCAGACUGGUAAAAAUAAUAUUCAUUGUAUAAUCAUUGUGAUUGUGCAAAAUAUUUUGCGUGCAAUUUAAUUUCUUCAUGAAAUGAAAAUAAGAGAAAUAUCAAAACUUCUAAACCAUAAAACUGUUUGUUGAUAGAAAUUAUAUAUUUGGUGACCAAAUUAGAUUGCAACUUUAGCAAAUGAUGUUCAUACAUACCUUUUUUUUUAAUUUUUAGUCCAUAAAUUAAGUGUAAUUGGAUUAGUUUUGUAAAUAGUUGACAUUUAGUAAAAAAAAAAGUGAGAUGUAUAUUAAGAACGUGAUUCUGAUUUCAAUAUUUUAAAAAAGAUUUAGUGAUGAUUUGGUUAUUUUAUUGAUUAAUAGAUUCCUUUGAAUUGUG